UCAUUCGCGCCCUCCCUUCCAGUCAGUGGCUAGCUUGGCAAUUUAGCGACUGUUCCGGGCUGAAAAGGCCCGCAUGGAGCUGAGUUGACGCCAAGUUUACGUUUUUGUUUUAGGGAAGCCCCGCUGCAAUGACUCCCUUGUGCCACCUGGUCCACGCGACGCAAAUGAGCCUUGUUCCUCUUCUUUCUCGGACCUCUUGUCGGCUGCCGCUCGCACGGAGGCUCGCUAGCUCGGCUAGGUUGACCAGCACCAGCAGCACAGUCAACCUGACUUAUGACGUGUUCGAUGGGAAGAGCGACAGUGGUGCGCCGCUAGUCUUCCUGCACGGCUUGUUUGGAAGCAAGUCCAACUUUCAAUCCAUAGCCAAAUCACUGGUCCAGCGGACUGGUCGUAAGGUGCUGACCGUUGAUGCCCGUAACCACGGCAACAGUCCCCACCACCCUGAGCUGACAUACGAGGCAAUGAGCGCCGACCUGUUGCAACUUCUCACGCGGUUGCAUAUCGACAAGUGUGUCCUGAUAGGGCACAGCAUGGGUGGCAAGACUGCAAUGACCACCGCCCUCACUCAGCCAGCACUGGUAGAGCGGUUGGUUGUGGUGGACAUUAGCCCGGCACAGAGCAAUACAACAAGCGACUUCCACUUGUACAUUGACGCCAUGCGGGACGUCAACGUCCCUAGCGAUCUACCGCGCUCCACCGCCAGACGCUCCGCCGAGGACCAGCUGCGUCACCGAGUCAAGGAACACUCGUUGCGACAGUUCUUGCUCACCAACCUGGUGGAACGCAACGGGCAUUACACCUGGAGGGUCAACCUGGACGCCGUCUCGGCGCACCUUAACGACCUUAUGAGUUUCCCAAGUUUUGACUCCACCUACCAGGGCCCAACACUCUUUCUGGGCGGAGCUAAAUCUGCUUACAUCAGCUCCGAAGAUUUCCCAAAAAUCGAGCGUCUGUUCCCGUGCGCUGACAUUCAGUACAUACCGGAGGCAGGCCACUGGAUUCACGCCGAGAAACCAUUGGAUUUCAUCAGCUCUGUUGUCUCCUUCCUUCGUUCCUAACACCGCCAUCAGAGAAGACCCAGCACUCAACACUUCCGGCAUUUACUUUGGAUGCAUCAAGCUCAGUGCUGCUACCCGGCAUUUUGUGUUGUAAUGUACUACACUGAAGACAUGAAGGCCAUAUAAGGAUUUACAGGUACAAUUAGCAGUGAAAAACCUGCAGUAUAGGAUUGCACUGAGAGAACGUUGGAACACUGCAACUACCACACUGCCGUAUUUAUAGAUACUAAUACUGUAUAUACAAGUUGCUUAUGCUCUUUGAGGGUUGUGCUAUCUGUUGUUUAGUAUUCAUGAAGUGAUGUAUGAUGCAUUUUUUUUCCCGAUAGGACUUUCCGCAACUUUUACAUCCACAUUAUUUUCGGGAAGGAAGUCAAUUAUUCCUCUCUGUAGCAUCUGUGAUGUAGCACUUGUCUGGCUUUAAAAAGCGGGCAUUGAGUUAGUGAGUUAAAAGCAAAUUCAUCGAACUGACAUACAAAUAUAUACUCUCCAUGUAAACAUAUUAGUAGUCUAUAUAGUAUAAAUAUGAAAGGUGAGUAAAUGUUGUGGCUUUAUUUACAAUCAAAGUUUUAAAUCAAAGAAAUCCAUAAUAUAUUUACCCUGAUGUAACAUUGUCCUUCUCAUGUUGUAUACAUAAUAAUGUUCAUGUGCCGAUGAUUAGCCCUCGUUAAUAAAAGCCAGUUAUUUAAAUGAUUUCUUCCUAAACGUGGUCGUCGCACAUCAGUUGAGUGAAACCACCUGGAAGCCGUCAUCGACCCUGAGCUGAGGGGCCUCGGUUGUAGGUUGCCCCCCGGUGUUCCUCCUCCACCUCCAGGUGGACGUCUGGCGGCCGGGCGACAACUGUGGCCGGCCGAUAAAGCCCUGGGUAGGACUCUGUGGAGUGGGCGAAUCGGGUGAGGCGGGCCCGGGAGCUACCGGGAAGUUGGCGGGACGCUGCACGGGCGCCUUGUUCCUUCUCAGUAUGCCCAUGCGAGAAGUUUUCUUGGAGUUUUGUUCCAGCUGCUGCUGCAGAUGGAGCUGCUGCUGAAGCAAAAGUUGCAUGUCCUCCUAAAACGCAGAAAAAGGGGAAUUGU